AAAUUCAAAUGUCGGAUAUCAGUGUAUGCAUGUUAACAGUUGUUACUAUACAUCAUUUGCUUUCUUAUUCUGAAAUUUCUAUAUCAUUCAAAGAAACACACUACGUUGCGUGUUUUGAUGCGUCAUAUGGAUGAUUUAUUUAAUCGUGAUUAAUCGUGGUUGUGUGUACGCGUGUGUAACAGAAUGGCUAUCAGCGCGUCCUUUUAUCGAAAUGUUUUUUUACUAAAUCAAUUGGUUCCACCGAACGAUAACUUUAAAAAACAUUUUCGUGAAGGAAUGUUUGAUAAACCAAAUACCGCAGGAUUUAUACACGUUACUCAUUACUUACUAACUAUAUGUGAUGCUGAACGUUUUAGAAAACUAGUUGAAUGGCCAGUGGUCUGUAAAAAAACAGAAGCAAAGUAUCGUAAUGAUGUUAAAGAUUAUCUAAAUAUCAUAUCAUUAGAGAAUCCUGAUAUAGCAUUCCCUUGUGUACUUUCCACAUAUUUGCAUCAUGCAAGUGGUACCAAGUUCGUAAUCAUAAUGUGGAAAUUAUCUCAGCUUACACUAAGAAGAUAUAUUAUGCGUAAUGAAGAAGAAGUUUCAUUUGCACCCAUGCCAGGAUAUAUAGAUGAUCUUACCAAAACUUAUCUACAACAGUCCAAGGCAAAUAUUAACCGCAAUAUAGCAAGUCAUCAUAGAAGUUGUUUACAAAUGGAGAAAGCUGCUAAUUUUGCACUGGCAGAGGAGAAAGAAGAGCUGGCCAAAAUCAAAACUAAACUAUUUGAUACGAAACAAUCUCUGACAAAAUACAUAGCUGAAGCCUCUGUUGCUAUAUCCAUAAAACAGCGUCUAGCAGAUGUUGAAGACUCAGAAGUUAUUGAAAUGUGGAGAAAUAGUUUAAAUGAGAGUAUUUGUUAUAUACGAAAACGAGUUGGAAUAUUGCAGGACCUGGAAAAAGUAUGUGAAAAUAUAAAUGGUAUAAUAUCCAAUUUAUUAAACAAUGCAAAGAUAUUAAAUUGUAAACAGUUGGAGAAAAUUAAUUGUUCUAUGAUAUCAGAGUUGCCACUUCCACCUGUUGUUCAGUGUUGUCUUUAUAAAUUAUAUGAUGAUGAUAAAUUGAUAUUUAACAACUUUAUUUCCUUGUUCACUUUGAUACUGUGCCAAGUAUAUCAAUCUCUGAAGAAAGGUCACUUGGUAGACUUCUCACAAUAUCUCUUGCAAGUGCAAGCAAGUACAGAAGACAUGAAAUCUAUGCACAAUGUGUUCAAAUCUUUCUUAACAAAUGUAAUAAAUUAUACAGAAGAAACAGAGAAUAUUUUAUGUGAGAAAAAUACAACACAUAUAAUUGGGGAAACCUUACUGCCUCUUGCGAAGAGUGUUCUUCUCAUGCCAUCACCUCUUAUUAAAAUUAAUAUUAAUUAUGCAGACGAAAAGAAUGAUUUGCAUAAAUUAUUGCAAUUUACUCCAGGAGAAAUUACACAUAAAUCAUUGUUCUCAAGAUAUACACGAUACAAACAAAAUCAUACUCCGGAUUUAAGAACGAACUUAUUUGUAUCGCGUAUCGACAUCAAUGAUACAAUAUUGAGUAAUAACGAGAAACAAAACUCAAGUAUACGUUUUAUAACACCUAAUGUGAAUAGAUUGCAUAAACGAACAAUCGGGAAGUACUCCCGGCUCUUCUCCACGUGUAUAAAUAGAAAUAUAAAAGCCAACUGUAGCAUGGUAUCUCUACCAUCUACUAUGCAAGCCAAUUCUUUCAUCAUCGGAAACACAACAGGGAAAAUAUCCCAUUUAUGGGAUCACAAUUUAGAUAUUACAGCAAGGAGUUUAUUUAAUUUGAGUGAAAAGCCUCUCACAACUAUACAGUGCACUCCGACGAAACAGAGCACAUUGCAAGAUACAAUUGAAAAAACCACAGACGUAUUCGAUCGUGACUUCAAAAUAACCAAGCCUGAGCUGGAUGAAUUAACAGAGGUAGAAUUUGUCAAUGAUAACAGUGUAAUUGUAAAACAAGAAAGUACAUCGAGAAGACGUUCUAUCAGCGACUUAGUGGAACGUUACAAAAAAGUGUUAGAAACCAGUAAUUGUGCUAUAAUGAAAUUUCAAAAAGAAUGUAUGGCGUAUGAAACAGAGUAACAAAGAGAAAAGAAAUAAAGAUAUUGCGACAAUACGAAGGUGAAUAAAUUUCUCAUAUCUAUAAAGUUGCUAUAAAAGUUGAAGCAAAAUUUAUAAAUUACAUCUGUUAAUAGAAAAUCACAAUAAAUGAGAAAUUUGGUUAGGAAAGUUCGUUGUUUAUUAGUUAUUCAUUAAAAUUAAAAGAUAACAAAGGUGAAGGUUUUAACAUUUUUUUUGGCAUACAAUAUUUCAUAGAAAUAAAUAAUUCAGUACGUUUAUGGGAAAAUACAUAUGAUAUUAUGCUUCGUAUUAUGCUUUGUUUCUACAAAUAGUUUGCAUAGUUUUAGAGUAAGAAACUGACUAUUAACAUUAUUCUUAAGGUCUGCUAUAGACUCGAAAAUUACGUGAAGAAAAAUUAAACAAUUUAUUUUGAGCGUCUUGGUAUAAUUUUUUUCUUAAAAGCAGAAUCAAUUACAUAUGAACUAAAGUUAUCUGUUUCUAGUGGUAGAAUUCACUGUAUAUUUUUUAUAAUAUAUUGUAUACAGGGUAAUAUUCAUAUGAAUUAAUUGAUAUAAUUAUCUGCACAAUCUGAAUUAUUUUGUUUUAAAACUUUGCAAAGAAUUACAUUGAUUAUUUUAUAUAAAUCACCCUGUAUAU